ACUCAUUUCAGAACGCAUUGCAUUUUGUUAGCAUCGAACGCCUUAACCGCAUUGCGCGUGAUCUUUCAUUUUGUGCUAAGAAAGCGUAGAGAAACGUAAUGUCGGCGCAUAAAACAUUUAUUAUCAAGCGUAAGCUUGCAAAAAAGCUGAAGCAAAACAGACCGAUUCCCCAAUGGGUGAGAAUGCGAACCGGUAAUACUAUUCGAUACAAUGCAAAAAGACGUCACUGGAGAAGAACCAAACUAAAGUUGUAAAUCAUAUAAUUACUUAUUUGAUGAUGAAAUAAAAGUACCAUUUCUAUAUAAGAA